UAGCCGGCAGAGUUGGCGUGGGGUCUCUGUCCUGAGCGGUUCCACGAUGUCGAAGGUUUCCCUUAAGAUCACGCUGACGUCAGACCCGCGGCUCCCUUACAAAGUACCCAGCGUUCCUGAAAGUACCCCUUUCACAGCAGUCUUAAAGUUUGCAGCGGAAGAAUUUAAAGUUCCUGCAGCAACAAGUGCAAUUAUUACCAAUGAUGGAAUAGGAAUAAAUCCUGCACAGACUGCUGGAAAUGUUUUUCUAAAGCAUGAUUCAGAAUUGCGAAUUAUUCCAAGAGAUCGUGUUGGAAGUUGUUAAUAUCCACUACUUGAAGCAUAGGAUUACCUUUCAAAAUAAAUAUUGGUAUUGUUGUUAUAAAACUGAAAUCAGGUGUUUAAAAUACUAUGAAAACAGCAAUUGUUGAUGAAAUAAUGAAAGGAGACUCUCCGUCCCUUCUUGUUAUUCACACUGUUCAUGUGAAGAGGGAAGGCUUAAGCAUUGAGGAUAUCAUCACCACAGAAGAUCAUAGUCUUUCAUUGCUCCCUCACAACACACACAGGUAGUUCAUUUGGGGUAAAUGGAUUAUCCAACUGUGUUUUAUAACUGGAGGAUGCUUCUGAUCAUUCUUUCUGAGAACAUGUGGAAAAUUAAAAUUUACUGAAUCUUCCUAUUUGUCUUUGAGUUAAAAAUUUAAAAGGAUUAUGGAUCGUACGUGGUGGUUUGUUUGAUAGCAUCUGACUUGGAGACUCAAAAAUAGUUGAAUUCUUAAUUAUAUAUUGUUUAUUAUAAAAGAUAUAGAAAUAUCAAUAAAUACUUAACUAUCUUAAAUUUCUAUCAUUUAGGUUUUUUUAAAUUUCAA